CCUCGCCAGCACUUUUCAAGUAAAGACGUCACCGACAGCAGACGGGGUACUUGACUUAGAAGGGUAAAUACGACUACUGUAUGUCAAACCCCUAAAUGCGUCGGAUCUCGGAAGCUAAGCAAAGCUGGGCCUGGCAAAUACUUGGGUGGAUGACCGCCGUGACUUGUCAUGUAUUGUAGGCGCGGGGUUGUCGAGGUCGCGCUAAGAGGAGGUGCAGGAGGUGCAGAUAUUAUUAUAUUUAUUAUGUUUUAUUUUUAUCGUUUUAUUAUUUCCCUUCUACGUGACUUUACCGAAAGAACCAAGAAGAUGAAUCCCUGCAGUCACCAAAGCUUUAAAUCGAAAUUGAGGUGCAGAUAAUUGUCAUCCCACUCAUACUCCUGACGGGUUUUCUCCGGGUACUCCGAUUUGCUCCCUGCAUUAAACCGAACUCUCGUUGAUGGAAUUUAUCAAACGCCCCAAUGCAGGAAAAUCCUCUAGAAAAAAAUUAUUAUUCAGACUCAAGAAGGCUUUCGUGAGUGAACAAUCGUUUGACGCUUUAGCAUAGUCAAGCAUGCAUCCUCAUGUAACGCGACGUUACACGUGUUAAUUCCUCUAACAGUUUGCCCUCGUUCCUUUGAGCUGAUGCAUUCAUGUUCACGCAUUAUCAACCCAUCCAUCCUUUCACUUCUCAUUCAUUCAUCCGAUCGGUUAUUUCCUUAUUUAUUCUCAUACUUGUUGCGUCUGCGGUUCAGACUUUAAACACCCUUUGCCAAACGAUCGGUUAGCGUAGGCUACAGCCGACGCGCCAGGUCAAUCGGCUCGAACUGGUUUGUGACAAGUGUUACAUAACUUGGCCAAUGCUCGAGGGGGUUCGUGAGGACCUCCCAACUCCCCGGAGCAAAUCAUUGACUUGCCCUCAGCCGUUAUACUCGUUCAGCAGUCUCUCCCGCAUUAACAGUGCAUUUCCCCCCGUUAUUUGCACUGCAGAAUGUUGGCUUUAUUCAUGCUGAAAUGAGUAUGCAUAUGCGAACUUAUUUCGGAAUAAUGAUUGUAAUUAACAAUCUUUUACCACAGAAAGUCUGGCUCUCGAUGCUCGUAGUUUUUUUUUUAUCUUCCAGGAGAAUCCUACAUUGGGAUGUUUAGGCGAUUACGUUCUUUAGUGUUUGGUUUCAUGCAGAAGGAAAGCGGAGAAGCCAGAGACAGCCCAUCGUGCGAACGAGGGGCUGACAUGCAGCAACGCCAUCUCUCUACCACGGUGGCGAGAUGUUAACUACCUCGCCUGGUAUACAGGAGCUCGUGGGUUCGAUCCCGACUCCGACGCCUGUUGUGUAUUUGGAGUUUGCGUGUCUCUCUCUCCCCGUGGUCGCGUGUAUUUUUCUCCGGGUCCUCUGGUUUUUCUCUACACAUUUAGAAACAUGCAUUUAUAGUUUUUGGCUGCUAUGAAUUUCCACAUAAGGCACUUUGUUGGGUUAUCAUUCGUGGCCAGGUCGCUUCAAAAAAAAGACAUAAUAGUUCAGUGGGUUUCACCUGGUAAAAUAAAAAUAAAAUAGUUGAUUGGUUUAGUAGCUUUUUACCACCUUGCAGCAAACAACACCGACAACACCUGACAAGCCCUGGUGGUGGUCACCUAUUCAGGCACUUACCUCGGCUCAAUCAUUCUUAGCUUUCAAUAUCUAAGAAGAAGACAGGGCUGAUUCAUGGUAAUUGGUCCUCAGCUUGAGACAGACCGUAUGCUACAUAUAUACGAGGCUAACCGAAAGUGAACAGCGUUGUUGCCUUCAUGGCUUCUCGCCAAGUUUAAAUACACAAGGUAAUGAUAGAGACACGUGAAACGCACGUGUUGCUGCUGAGUGAGCACUCGCACGGCGUACACCAAUUAAGAAGAUGAAGAGAACGAGAGACUCCGCCCCUCGCUGCACGUGUGCCAUUCGAGGUAACAGCCGUUGCCUCCGACCAAAAUCAUCAUCUUGAACGCGCCCGAGCGAUCUCGUUGGGUCUCGGAAGCUGAGGAGCAUUGAGCCUGUUUUUGCAGGGGCAGAGAGUAAUGAGAUUUGUGCUUCUCACAAUGCUCACGAUGUGCAUAAAGGGACCGGCAGCUGCUCCCAUUCACGAGCAACACGCCGUGGUCAUUUCCGACGAUUCUGCCAGGACCUUGCUCAUCCCGCUGCUCAGGACUGAGAUGCUCAAGGAGGUUCUGCUCAAGACUUUGCAGGAGGAGGUCGGUUGGGGAGGUUCGCAUCCAAGGAGAGCGAGGGACACAGGGUCACAGCAGCAGCAGCAGCAGCAACAACAGCCGAGGCCUCGCAUCAGCGUCAUAGAUGCGGGUCUCCUGAGCCACGCGGACGAGGAGGAGUUGUUCUCGUCGCGGGUGAUUUUAAGCGAGCAGCCUCCUAGUGGUCCACCUUUACUCUUCCCCGUGGACGACUUCAGCGCAUCUGUUGUGUCAGUGGCCAACAGCACGCAUCAUCGACGCGACCGACGUCAUGCCAGCAGCUCGUCAUCAUCAUCAUCGUCGUCGUCGUCGUCGUCCUCAUCGUCCUCAUCGUCGUCGUCAUCCGGAGAUCCACACCGCGCCGACCGCGGCGAGCUGUCGGUGUGCGACAGCGAGAGCGUGUGGGUGACGGACAAGAGCACGGCGGUGGACAUCAAGGGCAAUCGAGUGACGGUGCUGGAGGAGAUGAGGACUAGCACGGUUCCCUUGCGGCAGUACUUCUUCGAGACGCGCUGCAAGGCGACGGGAAACACACGCGACGGAUGCCGUGGCGUGGACAAGAAGCACUGGAACUCUACGUGCAGGACCACGCAGUCUUACGUGCGGGCACUGACCAUGGAGGGCACCCGUCACGUGGGAUGGAGGUGGAUACGGAUUGACACGUCCUGUGCCUGUGCCCUGUCCAGCAAAUCCGGGCGCGCGUGAUUGAUGGUGGUGGUGGUCGUGAAGAUGAUAGUGAGCGGUGCUGUAGCGGUUAGCGCGCUGCGCUACAAACCCGGCGACCCGAGUUCGAUUCCCGCUCACUGCCAACACAAGUGACGAUUAUCUGAUCCGGUCCUGGGCCCUCCCCUAGGUCGACUCGGCCUCAAAUGAGUACCUGGUGCGAUGUGUAAACAUCGCCACUGGGGAGAGAAAGGCGGUCGGGCGUGGUGCUGGCCACCCACCCCCUUGUGUACCGUUCCGGCCUUAAUAGGUGCUCGCUAACAGCACGUGCCCCAAAAAUCUGUUAAGGAUGUUUAUCUUUUUCUUUGAUGAUGACAAUGAUGAUGAUGAUGAAUGGUGGUGAUGCUGAUGAGAAGCCCAGUACUACCAGUAGCUGAAUUAAAAACUCUCGACUCCUGCCUGGGUGUUUGGAUUAAAAAUUGGUCACACGCACGUGACUUUUACGCAUUAAGCCAUCAUAAGUGAUCCAUUCACCUCCCAUAAGUUAUUUUGCUGUGUACGACUACAUGAAUAUUUCAUGUAAAAUUGUAAAUGUGUAUUAAUGUUUGUCGUUAUUAUUAUUGUUGUUUUGACAUUUUCAUUGUUAUUUAGUCGCUAGUACUCUAUUUAUUAAACAUAUCUAUCAAAAGAACAUAUUGAAAUGAUUUUAAGUUGUUGCAUACGUGUUACAGAUUAUAUAUGGUUAUUUUUCGUUAAAGUUAUGUUUAUUGUAUUCCAGUUUUUAUUUCUAAAAAAAGAAGAUUUCACUUUUAAUUAAGUAACAAAAAUAUUAUCAAUCAUAUCUUUCAUGUGCUUACUCUAAGUACUUUAUUUAUUUCAGCAAUAAACUUACAUAAUUAACUUCUACCUCAACUUGUGUUCGCACAGAAUCCAGUGUACAAUCAUUUUUCUCUCGAAUUUACUGUGCUAUCGUGAAUGCAAUGCCUUUGCGUAUGUUAAACACUCUCGGCCUACUGGUGCUAAGAAGUAAGGCGGUGCAUGCAGGCUGUAAAUAUGUAAACCACUGAUUGUGUAAGAUUGUAAGUGCGAAUUGUGCUCAACAUUUUGUAUUGCACCAGUAUGUUAGUAGCCUAAUACAGCCACUGUGUUUCUU